CAUCCAACUUCUCGUUAAGCCGCGCGACACCAAAAAAGAGCCUCCGAAGCAACUCGAUACCUUCACCCACACGUCGACGACGACAACCACAGUUCAAGAUGCGUCCUACACAGAUCAUGCGCGGCGGUGGUGGCGAUGGCCCCAUCGGAAAGUACAACAAGUACCUCGGUGGCUGGGGUGCUUUUGGCACUCCCCAACAGAAGCAGAAGGGAAUCAUCACCUACAACGUCACCCCUAACCGACAGAGGCCAUUCGCCGGCGCAGGCCAUGCCGCCGUCUUCAACACCUGGCGCCGUUUCAAGGGCCAGGUUCUCUACAUUGUCCCGCCGUUUGUUGCCGCCUACUACAUCAUGGACUGGGCCACACACGAGAACCACUUCCUCAACUCAAAGCCCGGCCGUGCCUUGACUGCUGCCAGGGAGGCCGAGGCAGCGAAAUAGAGGGUUUAUCAACUGUAUUGGAAACGGAAUGGGAGCACUCGAUGGGCCCUUGAUGCGAAGGAAGCUCAUGGGAUCCGUCUAUUACCGACAAGACUUGUAUAUCAUUUCCUACUAGACUGGGGUAGACUGGAACAGAUGAAGCCUUUUUUUGAUUCUUAUCUUGUUGUGUCAACGACUGCAUGCUGGUUUAAUUCGACAAUCAUCUUCUAGUUCAUCGAGAGGGCCUCUCGGCUAUGGAAAAAAAAAGGUAGUAGACAUACCUUGUCUAUUACAGGAGCCCCUGGGAACCCGUUUUUUUGUUCCAUUGCAUCACAUUCAAUAGUGGCUGGCCAGGUUGAUCACUAAAACUAGUUUCCGUGAAUCCAAUACCUCCACAGGAAGAAAAACUUCUAUAUCCUGGGAACCUUGCCAGAAUCCUACAG